UAUCACAUCUUCUCCCAUGUUGCACUAACUAGGAGGGAAGGAGAAGAAGAGGAGAACAUUUAUUAGUACCACCUCGCUUACCAAAAGUCUCCUCCUCUCCUCUCUCUUCUCAUGGCGCUCUCCACUCUCCUCCUCCCUUCCUCCUCGACCUCCAAGACGGCCACUGUCACCGACACCUCCGACCGCCGGCGCCAUCACCACCACCAGAACCACACCAAGCGCAAGAAGAAGCCGCCGCCGCCGCCGCCGCUCUCACCGAUGCCAAGAACGCCGCCUCCUGGGAGUGGAGCUGGCCAUCGCGCCAUGGCCACGGUGACUGCGUCCAAGAAGAGCACCAAGCAGCAGGCCCUCGUCGCGGCCAAGAGCGGACACCACCACCCCAAGAAGGCGGCGGCGGCGCCGACGAUGACGCCGUCGCGCGCCGCGCCUGCGCCCGCGUCGGCGUCCGCGGCUCCGGUGUCGUCGUGGGAGCAGCUGAAGAGCCUGCUCAGCUGCCGGAGCGCGACGGCGGCGGCGCGCGUGCACGACCCCGCCGCGCCGUCCGCGCUGUCGCGCCUCCGGAGCCACGGCGCCGGCGCGUGUGGCGCGUCGCUGUGCGCCAUCCGCGACGUGGUCGACGCCGCCAGCUCCGUCGGCGCCGCCUCCUCCGCCGCCGCGUCCGUCGACCGCGACACCACCCCGCUCACCCGCUCCUCGCGCCGCGCGCACCGCGCCGCCUCCUCCUCCUCCGGCGGCGGCCACCACCCCGCCCUCCGUGGCCUCUCCGGCUGCUACGAGUGCCGCGCCAUCAACGUCGAGCCCAUGUCAAGGAGGUAUCCGAGGCCACGGGAGCUGUGUGCUUGCUCACAGUGUGGAGAGGUGUUCACCAAGGCCGAAAGCUUGGAGCACCAUCAAGCCAUUCGCCAUGCCGUGUCGGAGCUGGGGCCGGAGGACUCGGGGAGGAACAUCGUGGAGAUAAUCUUCAAGUCGAGCUGGCAGAAGCGCGACCGUCCGAUCUGCCACAUCGACCGCAUCCUCAAGGUGCACAACGCGCCGCGCACCGUGGCGCGCUUCGAGGCCUACCGCGACGCCGUGCGCACGCGCUGCCGCGCCACCGCCGCGCGCGCCGCCGCCGACGGCAACGAGCUGCUCCGCUUCCACUCCGCCGGCCUCGCCUGCGCGCUCGGCCUCAACGGCGCCACCUCGCUCUGCGCCUCCUCCUCCUCGGCGGCGGCGGACGGCGGCGCGUGCGGCGUGUGCGCGGCGAUCCGGCACGGGCUCGCGCCGUGGGUCGGCGCGCACCCGCUCGGCGUGCGCACCACGGCGAGCAGCGGCCGCGCGCACGACUGCGGCGCCGCGCAGGCGCAGCAGGGGUGCCGGGCAAUGCUGGUGUGCCGCGUCAUCGCCGGCCGGGUCCGGCGCCGGAACGCCGACGACGCCGACGACGCGGCGGCGGCGGAGGAGGGAGCGUUCGACUCGGUGGCCGGCGACGAGGCGGCGAGCAGCGUGUACGGCAACCUGGAGGAGCUGUUCGUGGCGAACCCGAGGGCCAUACUGCCGUGCUUCGUCGUCAUCUACCGCGUCGCCGAGUGACCGAUCGAAGCAACAACCCAACACUUAAAAUGUUAAUCGCAUCAAUUAUUGUUUGUAUUAAUCGUCCAACGAUUUCAACAUCGUAUGUAUGUAAAAGUAUCGUGGAUUGUUCUCUUUCUCGAUCAACACGUCUUUGAGAAAUCCAAUUUCUAAGGGCGAAUUUGGCCGCCAGCUUUGGUCGUCAGGAUUCGUCGUCAGAAAUUGAUUAUUUUAGGAUGAUCAUGUACUAAUUAAAUGUAUAAAUGCACUUCGAGGGAAAUUAAUUAGUUUGUUCAA